AUGAAAGGGAGUAAGCUAAUUUCAUCCGUGCUGUCUCGGCUCUUCCCUGCAGGGCGUGAGCUCUCGAAGCUGGCGAUUGCGUGGCAGGCGGCUGCGUUCGGCAGCGACCCGGCCGUGUUCACGCCGGAACUCAUGGCAUCUGUAACUGACACGUUCCUAGAACAAAAGGCUAUCAAAACAAAGUGGGACAUUGCAGCAGCAGCAAGCUUCGGAGAAGAGAGCGGUUCCUCCGCACGACCGGGGUUCCCUCAAAAUGGAGCUGGCUUGCCUCAGAUGGCGUAG